AUGGUAAAGGUUAUUAAUCAGAAUUCGUUUCUGACCCCUGUUACCAUGGGAGCAGCAGUUUCUUCUGUUCACUACAAUCUUAUGCUCAGGCAUCCUACCCUUGACAUGCCCAUUAUUGACUAUGAUUUGGCAGUGCUUAUCCAGCCAAUGCUAAUGCUUGGCAUUAGUAUUGGGGUUACAUUCAAUGUGAUCUUUGCUGACUGGAUGGUCACAGUGCUGCUACUUAUUCUCUUCAUAGGCACAUCAACUAAGGCCUUUUUAAGAGGUGUUGAGACGUGGAAGAAAGAAACUAUUUUGAAAAAGGAGGUUUCCCAACGCUUAGCAGCAAAUGGGAGUGGUGCUCAAGGAGAUUACAAGCUUCUUCCUAGUGGCCCCAGCAAUGCAACUCAAAAUGACACCAAGGCUUCUGAAAAUAAGGAGGUCUCUAUAAUAGAAAAUGUUUGUUGGACCGAAUUUGGACUUCUUUGCUUUGUUUGGGUUGCAUUUCUCACUCUGCAGAUCAUCAAGAAUUAUACAGCAACAGGUUUUUCUGCUCAAUAG